AUGAAAAUCCAACACAUACCAUGUCUCGAAGACAAUUAUGCGUAUCUGAUCGUGGAUGAGAGCACGAAGGAAGCGGCGGCGGUGGACCCCGUCGAGCCGGAGAAGAUUCUCGAAGCCGUCAACUCGCGUGGCCUCACUCUCAAACUCGUCCUCACCACCCACCAUCACUGGGAUCAUGCUGGUGGAAACGAGAAGAUAAAACAACUGGUGCCUGGAAUCAAGGUCUAUGGUGGUUCAAUUGAUAACGUGAAGGGUUGCACUAACAAGGUUGAAAACGGUGAUAAGGUCUCUCUCGGAGCUGACGUCACUAUAUUGGCCCUUCACACACCUUGUCACACACAAGGCCACAUAAGUUACUAUGUUACUGGCAAAGAGGAUGAGCAUCCGGCUGUUUUUACUGGAGAUACAUUGUUUAUUGCUAGCUGUGGGAAAUUUUUUGAGGGGACUGCCGAACAGAUGUAUCAGUCGCUCAAUGUAACACUUGGUUCAUUACCAAAGACAACUCGAGUAUACUGUGGCCAUGAGUACUCAGUGAAGAACUUGCAAUUUGCUCUGACACUUGAGCCAGACAAUUUGAGGACACAACAGAAAUUAACCUGGGCUCAGAAUCAGAGACAAGCUGGCCAAGCAACAAUUCCCUCAACCAUUGAGGAUGAGUUGGAGACCAAUCCCUUCAUGAGGGUUGAUCUACCUAAGAUCCAGGAGAAGGUGGGAUGCAAAUCACCUGUUGAAGCAUUAGCAGAGAUAAGAAAGCAGAAAGACAACUGGAGAGGCUGA